AUGUUGGUACUCCUGUUGUUGUCCUGGAUCAUUCCUGCAACUGCUGCCGAUAUCCAAAGUAUCUGGUUUGAGAAAUGGGCCAUUUUCUCCGCUCGUGAAAAGAACGGGAUAUACAAGUGGAACACGCUCCUUACUGCCCUGAUUAUCGUCGAAAUCCCCUGGCAAAUCUGUUUCUACACGAUCAUUUAUCUGUGCAGUUACUGGACUGUGGGCUUCCCAAACAACCCAACCCUCGCCGGAUUCCAGUACUUUAUGUUUUUGCUGUUAUCAUUCUUUGGAACGGGCUAUUCCUACCUCCUUGCUGCCUUAUUUCCCAACGCCACUAUGGCGAGUUAUGCCAACUCCCUGUUUUGGGUUCUUUUGAUGCUCUUCUCAGGUGUUCUGGUGCCCCAUUCCGCGAUGAACACGUUCUAUAAACCAUGGCUCUUCUGGGCAGAUCCGAUGCGGUACUUCUUUGGUGGUAGCGUGGCAAACAUUCUGCACGGAGUGAAGGCAAAAUGCUCUUCCGGUGAUUUUACUCUUUUCGAUCCACCAUCGGGACAGACCUGCGCGGAGUACGCAUCAUCCUUCCUCGCCUCAUCGACCGGUUACCUUGAUAACCCGAACAGCACUGCACAGUGCGCUUACUGUCCUUAUACUACUGGCGAUGACUACACGGCAACUCUUGAUUACUACUACAAGGACAAGUGGCGCGAUUUUGCUGUUUUCCUUGGAUUCUGUCUUACCAACGUCGCCUGCCUGUACAUCAUUAUGUGGUUCAGACAAGGCAAAUCGCAAAGAUGA